CAUAAUCAAGGAACACGUAUUAUGACCGCUUAUGCAGCAAUCCUUAUCCGUAUUGCUCAGCUGUUCACAAUCCCUCACUCGUCCCCACCUCUAUUUAUCGCCCUUUCCCCCAAUUUCCCAAACCGGAGAAUUGGUUGUUCCGCUUCUUCUUCCGCCGCAUCCACCACCGCAACCCACGGCGGAGGGUUUUAUUUUAUCAUCUCACCACCACCACCCUCCAUGUCCUUAUUAGGAAUCUUCCAGAAACCCGCGGUUUUGAACUUCCUUGUAGACCUCGCCAUGUUCAUCGCUCCGCUCUGGAUUGCGGUUCUCGUCGGCGUCGUGCUCGGCUGGGCUUGGAAACCUAAAUGGGCCGCCGCCGUCGACAGUGAACAUGCUUGGACCAAUUUCUUCCACUUCCGCAGCUUCCCCUGGUUCCCCAAUUCGGACCUCCACAACGGACCCGAACCCGACCCGGAUUUUUCAUACUCCACCAGUUCGGGCGCGCCUUCUCUGAAAGGCGUGAGCUCGCUGGUAACUGAGCAAGAUUUGCGGCAGUUAUCGAAGUUAGUUGAGGAGAAAGAUGGUGGACUGGCAUGGAUUCAGAUGAUGGAUCGUUCUACUCAGACCAUGAGCUACCAAGCAUGGCGUAGGGACCCGGAGAGUGGACCGCCGCAGUAUCGAAGUAGGACUGUUUUUGAGGAUGCGAGUGCUGAGUUGGUGAGGGAUUUCUUUUGGGAUGAUGAGUAUAGGUUGAAGUGGGAUGACAUGCUUAUACAUGCUUCGAUUAUUGAAGAUUGCGCUGUUACCGGAGCAAUGAUGGUGCAUUGGGUGCGCAAGUUUCCCUUCUUUUGCAGUGAUCGAGAGUAUAUCAUUGGUCGUCGAAUUUGGAAUGCAGGAAAUGCUUACUACUGUGUCACAAAGGGAGUACCUUGCUCCUCUAUGCCAAGGCAGAACAAACCUAAACGAGUCGAUCUAUAUUAUUCGAGCUUUUGUAUUCGUCCAGUUAAAUCAAGAAAAGAUGGCCAGCUGACUGCAUGCGAGGUGUUAUUGUUUCACUAUGAGGAUAUGGGCAUACCCUGGGAAAUCGCUAAGCUUGGAGUUCGCCAGGGCAUGUGGGGAGCUGUGAAGAAGUUUGAUCCAGCACUACGGAUAUAUGAGAAAGAAAGGGCUUCUGGUGCAUUAUCACGCUGUGCUAACGCUGCUAAAAUCAACACUAAAGUAACUCCAGACUAUCUGAGAUGUCUGGAAGAAACAACUGGUAACUUGUUGGAGAAUGAAAAUCAGGACUCUUCUGUCAAACCAAUUGGGAGGAACAUACCUAAGCUUCUAGUUGUUGGUGGAGCCAUCGCGCUUGCCUGCACUCUUGAUCAAGGACUAGUAACUAAGGCAGUUAUAUUUGGAGUAGCUCGAAGGUUUGCGAAAAUUGGAAGGAGGUUGUGACUUGUUGAUGCAUAACGUUUUCAGCAUCUUUGAGAAAUUGCUAGCUAAGUCUUUCUGGCAGUAGAAUUGAAACUGAUAUGUGACUUGCUUUCAAGUCUGUUUACAGUGGAUCUAGUUGGAAUGGUAGUAUUCUUUCUCCAUUAGUUUGGGUCACGAGCCACGACGCAGCUUUUAAGUGGAAUUUAUGACAAUUGUAUAUUUAAGUCAUUGAAGAUUAUCUUGCUGCAGGAAUAACACCAAAUAUUUGGUUUUUUCUUUGGUUCAGGUCUUCUUGUUAGCCCCCCGGCCCCCUCUUUCUUUCUAGUUUUUACCUUUUAGUUUUGUUUUGUAUAUCAUCUUCAUAAUUUGAUUAUGAAGACACAUUGAACAAGAUAUGGUUCUCAGAAUUUGAUUGCACGGAAGUUUGAUUA